AAUCACGUUCCAACUCUUCCAACAACAUUCUAUAUCAUUCUCUUUCUCUCUUUCUCUACUGUGGUCAACCAUUACACUGCUCAUUCUCUUUUCACAUUGAAUUUUUUCUGCAUACUUCUGUAUCAGUGUGCAAACUUCACCCUCCAUGGCUAAGGCAGAAAAACCGAAAUCUGGGUGUUUCCCUGGCUUACUACGUGUGCUACUAUGUGCUGGAAAUGCAACUAGUCCUCCAGUGCACCCCUCUGAUCAUUUCACAGAAUCAGAUGAUUCAGAAAAAGCACAUUCCACCAAAGAAACCGUGGUGGUGAAAGAUGGUUCAACUCCUGGAGUGGUGGCAAGGUUAAUGGGGUUGGAUUCACUUCCAAACUCCAAAUGGGCAGUGAAAGGAGGGAGCCCAGAUUCCGUUCCUAGAAGCAGGUCAGUGAACUUUGUUGAUUACUUGCUUGAGUUUGAUGCAAGCCAUUCCAUUCACAGAAGAGUGAAGACGUCGUCAUCGUUCAGAGAGGUUCCUGGUUUGUUUCAGAACCAAAAGGGUAAUAACCUCUUUGUGCUUUGCAUGGAUGGUGACAAAGACGAAGAGGUGAGGAAAAUGGAAACGGGUUUGGGAGAAAUGAGGAAGGGGAAGAGGCAGGGGAGUAAGAACAAGGAGAGUGUUAGUGUGAAGAAAGAGAUAAAUGUAGGUAAGAACAGGAAAAUUUCAAAGCUGAAGAAUGAGCCAAGGAGAGACCCUUCUUCUAAGCAUGGUUCAAAGGGUCGAAAUCUUGAAGGUAAUAAAGAUUUGUCUUCUGUGUCCUCAGGUUUCUCUAAGUGUAGUUCUUGUAGUAAUAGACAAAAUGGCGCUGCUUCAAGAUCAAGGUCAAACACUUAUUUGCCAAACAAGCACAAGAAGGAGCUUGUGGAAACAAAAGACAAGAGGAACAUGAGAAACCAGAAGUUACUCUUGAAGGUUGAAAGUGAAUGCAGCUUGGAACAUCGCAGUCCAGUUUCAGUUGCAGAUAGCAAUGACUAUCCUUUCCUUUAUGAAAAAGAUUUUCUAGAUGGUUCAAGCACCACGGCUUCAAAGUCAAAGAGGGUAUCUCCAUCAAUGUUGUCCUUGGAUGGUGAUGUUGAAGACAGUGCAAGUACUAAUAAAGAUCAUACCUUCAUAGAUGUCAACAAAGAAGCAGAGUAUCUCUCAGAAAUGAUGUUGCAGAUUCGUACUUUGACAGAACACGAUGUAAGAGAGUCAGAUUAUACCUUAAAACGUAUGCGUGAGAGUGAAAGCUUUAGAGAUAUUUGCUUGGUGUUUGAGCAUAAAAUUUUCGACCAUUUAUUAUAUGAGGUCGUCAAUGAAUUUUCUGAACUUCGUAGUUGAUUUUUUUAUUUUCAUUUUGGUGUGUAAAGGAUCAAUAGAGCUAGGAUAUUUUGUGAUGAUUUUGCCAAUGAACGAACUAUUGUGUUUUCUACA